AGUCGCUAGGGCGCGAUCAUGUCAAAACUAAGGCUAGCAACCAAUAACCCUCGAAUGCACUCACACUAGUAGCGAAUCAGAAUUGGCUCAUCCAAUGCCCAAUCCCGCCAUUUACAGCCAGGUAUAAAUACCAUCCCAGCCAUGGCUAGACCAAUUCCCCGCCAAAACACAAAAGCACAAUGUCCAUCACACUUACGACCCUCAAGCCGGAGAACUACGCUUCCUGGGCUAGCCUCUGGAAGCAAUUCAUCACGCACUGCGAGGCUGAGCUCCCUCAAUCGCAAUACGAAGAUACAUUCAAGCGCAUUGUCGAACCAGACGGCAACCUCCAAGCUCAUGUGCUGGUGAACGACACGGGCGCUGUCGUCGGACUCGCGCAUUAUUUCUUCCACCAGAGUGUGUGGAAUCCGCAUCAUGUUUGCUACUUGAGUGAUCUAUUCGUGGACUCUUCGCUACGCGGCAAAGGAUGCGGCAGGACGCUCAUCGAGGCUACUGCUAAGUCCGCGGAAGAGAAGGGCUGCAGGAGACUGUAUUGGGCUGCGUAUCAUACAAACACGCCUGCCCGUCGAAUGUAUGACACGGUCGCUGAUGCGAAAUGUGAAUUUGUGGAGUAUCGAAUGCCUCUGAAUACAGAGAAGGGUCAUUGAGGGAUUGUUUCGUUGCGCGCGAUAUGGGAGAGUAUGACGAGGGUCCUUUAUCAUUCCACCAAAGAUUCAUCAACUAGAAAUACUACACGAAAUUAACCCACAAUAGAUAAACGCCACGAACCUAUACACAUCCCAUUCUUACACUUUUACAAGCCCCAAUUUCUCAUUCUCCUCCUUACUUCUCUGACUCCACUCCGCCGGCUCAUCCUGGCCUGAUUCCUCUUUUUCAUCACC